AAUAAAAAUAAAAAUGUCACUGGUCAACUUCACCUUGCCGUAUCAGUCGGCAACGCCUACACCAUUCUUCUACGGUGGACAAAACGGAGGACAAUCGACAGUGAACAACCUUCGUCUGAACGCCGUACUUCCGCCUGCGCCCGCUCCAAAUUUUAACGAUCAAGAAUCUUUCCUGAACGAACCGUAUAUACCACCUGCUGCUUACCAACAACAGCAGCAGCAGCAACAGCAGCAACAACAACAACAAAGACAACGUCAAUCGACCUUUAACCGACAAAGAAAUUCAAAUGCGUUCGUCGAACAAUCGUCCUUUUCGUCUACACAGGACAAUCGAUAUGCGAAUUACAAUCAAGAUUUUAUAAGAACGCAACCACGGCAACAGCAACAAAUGAGAUUUCCGCCAUCAUUGCCGCAACAACAACAACAACAACAACAACAGCAACAACAAGUUUCAGUAGAAGGGGAUCAAGAUAAUUUUAGAACAUCGAGAAUACCAGAACAGGAGAGCUAUCCUGAUAGACCUAAUGGGUAUACGAGAGUUAACGGUGAAAGUGGACCUGGUACAAAAACUUCGAUUCACGCUGUUUUAGACUAUGAUGACGACUUCGACGAUUAUUACGACGACAAAGACCCAGAAAUACCAAGGGACGCUCACGUCACGCCAAUUCAAGGUCCAAUCUUUUUGAAAAAUGGCUCGGUCCCCGUAGUGCCACUGUAUUCUUAUCCUCAAUUAAAUAAUGGCACAGUUGUACAGAUA